UUUUUUUGGUAAAGAAAAAACCCUGAUAAAACCGCUCUUCUCCUCCCUCCGCAUAUCUUCUUCUUCUCUCUCUCUCCCAAAUGGCGAGGGUAGCAUGCCAUCACCUAAUUCCAGCCGUGUCUCUUCCAUUGAAGUCGCCGUUCUUCUCUCUCCACUUUCGGAAUACUGUUGCAGAACCUUCUAUGUCCAUUGGUUUCCGUAGGCGUUUAAUGUCAUCCUCCGCGACAAAGAUAAGCAUGAGUUUGAAAGCCGGUAUCGUUGGUCUCCCUAAUGUCGGAAAGUCUACUCUCUUCAACGCCGUCGUUGAAAAUGGGAAGGCCCAGGCUGCUAAUUAUCCCUUUUGUACGAUAGAGCCAAAUGUAGGCAUUGUUGGUGUUCCAGAUCCCCGUCUUCAUGUGCUUUCGGAUCUCAGCAAAUCUCAACGUGCUGUCCCAGCGUCAAUAGAGUUUGUAGAUAUUGCAGGGCUAGUAAAGGGGGCCAGUCAGGGGGAGGGUUUGGGUAAUAAAUUUUUGUCACAUAUUCGUGAAGUUGACUCCAUUCUUCAGGUUGUACGAUGUUUUGAGGAUAAAGAUGUUGUUCAUGUCAAUGGGAAAGUUGAUCCAAAGUCUGAUAUUGAUGUCAUAAAUUUAGAGCUUGUCUUCUCGGAUAUGGAUCAGAUUGAGAAAAGAAUGGAGAGACUCAAAAAAGGCAAAGCUAAGGAUUCACAAUCCAAGGUUAAGGAGGAAGCAGAAAAGUCUGCCCUGGAUAGAAUUCAGCAGGCAUUACUUGAUGGAAAACCUGCACGAUCAGUACCUUUAACGGCUCUUGAGAAAGAUGCUGUUAGACAUCUUUGUUUACUUACUAUGAAACCCAUCAUCUAUGUUGCAAAUGUAGCAGAAUCUGAUGUAUCUGCUGCUGAAGACAAUCCUCAUGUAAAGGAAGUGAUGAAUCUUGCAUCUGGGUUACAAUCUGGGAUUGUAACGGUUUCAGCACAGGUUGAGUCAGAGGUUACUGAACUACUGCCGGAAGAAAGAACAGAAUACUUGAAGUCUCUUGGUGUCAAUGAAAGCGGCCUUGGAAAUCUCAUCAGAGCAACAUAUGACCUUUUAGGACUGCGCACAUACUUCACAACAGGAGAGAAGGAAACAAAAGCAUGGACUAUACUUACAGGAAUGACUGCCCCUCAAGCUGCUGGUGUUAUUCAUUCCGACUUUGAGAAGGGCUUCAUUCGAGCUGAGACGGUUGCUUAUGAUGAUUUUGUAGCAGUUCGCUCAUUUGCAGCUGCAAGGGAGAAAGGGCUGUUGAGAUCGGAGGGGAAAGAUUACGUUGUACAAGAAGGGGAUGUAAUGCUAUUUCGUUUCAAUGUCUGAUCAAAGGAACAUCUGGCGCUGAACCAAGUUAUUUUGCCGAAUCAUGCUCUCCAGUUUUUGGGAUCUGUACAUCGUGCCUCCAUUUCAUAUGAAGGUCUUCCAGUAAGUGAGAUAUUCUUGAAGGUGAUCGCCAGUGCUUAUUUUGGUGGGGACCUGGGGUUACACUUUCUUCCAAUUGUUUUGACGCGAAGUCAUAAUUUUGGUUGUAGAGAAUUUACUUGGUUUGUGUAUCUUGUUAGUUACGUCACAUAUAAGCAAUCUUUUGCAAGAGUAAGGGCAGGACCACAUCUGCGGCCUAUGCAUCUCUCAUUGUUGUAUCAUAUUUUCUCAUUUUAGUUUACGAUUUAUUUUGAAUACAUUAUAUAGACGGUUUUUUACAUCGAGAUGUGCAAACCCUAUUUUUCUGUGGUGCUAAA